GAAAUGUUCUUCGGAACACAGUUCGACUUCGUUUCCUAUCAAAAGCUAUCACAAAUUUGCAAAACAUCUUCCCUCAACUCCAGAACCUCAAGACAUCCUCUCAUCUAUUCUCUCGAGCAGGCUUCCCGAGAAUCACAACAAUUCUGAAUCCUCGACAGGGAGAGUUGUCGACACUACAAUCAUCCCAGCAUGUGUCGCUCAAUUCGCUAUAUUGCUCCCUGUCACGCCUGGCUAGUCUUCACGCGCCCAUGCGCUCCAGGGCGAAACCUCAUGACCUGUCCAGCCUUUCAAGACGGCGCAACAACUGUUAUACCCUCCUUACCGGUGUACGAAUACACACGACACGUACCAAGACAUCAAUGCCCUCUAUGUGGUCAUCGGAGGGGAUUGUACGACAUGGGCAUAGAGCGGAUAAUCAAGAAUGAGAGCAAAGGCGCUAGAUUUGGUGCUGGCCCGACGAAGAGAGGUGUGGGUGUGGAAAUUUAUUGUUGUAUGAUGCUCUAUUUAGCAUUGCUGUACAGAAGCUAUCAUUAUUUUGUGUCACAAGCACCACAGAACCUCGAAAGUCGCGCCUUUGUACACCAGAUAUGAGGUUAAACUGCAAGCACGGUAUCAGGACCCUACGAUCACGAGCUCAUUUACACGUUAAUGCGCUGUACGAAUCCGCUUAACGUGCUAUGCCGAUAAAUUAUACAGUGCUAGAUACCCC